AUGGCACACAGCGCCGGCACCCGCCCCAGCAGGAGAGACGCAGCAUCGUCCCCCUUCCCUUCCCCGCAGAUACCACUUCCCGCCUUCUUCACCCGCCAAACCAACCUCACCACCCACCACCCCAGCUGUCCAAGUGGUCGCUCUCGUCCUCGCUUCGCCCGCCACCACCGCCUCUUCCGCCUGCAUCUCUCGGCCGCCGACUCGGACCUCUUCCGCAACCGCCGCAUCGACCGCCGCCUCAGCCCCGCCGACAUCCGCGACCUCCUCGACUUUAUGCGCAGGGACGGCCGCGCAAGUACCUCGAUGCAAGGACUCGGGCGACGUCGUCUUUGUCCACUGGAGGAAGCCGGAUGGUGGGCUGCCGUCGUCGAGGCUUAUAUCGAGGACUCGAGCCAAAGGACAGCGUCUUGA